AUGGACUGCGCUGCUGGAGGUCCUGAUUCCCUUGAGGUGGACUUGGAAAAUCUUAUGAACGAUCAGACAAGUCUUACCCCUGCAGUGUCCAUCGAUGAGAUCGCACGGGCUCCGGAUGUUGCCGCUCCAGUGAGUCCCCCUGUAGAACCAGCAGCAUCGUCGGCUAACGGAGCAGCGGCAUCAUUACCCCAGGAGAACAACACCGAAGUAGAGAUCAAGGUGGGCGCAGCGAAGGCCGCAGUAUCACCAUCGUCUCCCGCUCCACCGGCAGCGAAACGCCUACGUGGAGCCAAUUUGUUCCAAGCCUUCUCGGAGAUACAGACUGCAAGUGGUCCGGGACCGGUUCCGCCACUUGUGCCUGAUGUCAAGCCCCUCUCUCUCGUUGAAAAGAUCCAGGAGAUGAACAUCGAGAGUGUAGACCUCUUCGGUGGACUUGGUGAUGGAGUAUGCCGACUCAUGGUCAUUGCCAAGUUCAUUUGUGCUAUGAACUGCUCCAAUUACAUGAUGAGCAACAUCCAAAAGCUCACUAUGUGCUUGUUAUUGGAAGGUGAACAAUGGCGGGCACAUCAGCGUCAAGUCUUCCAUUAUGAAGAUGGAGCAUGGGUCAUGGUACCCUCCUUUACAGUUCGUAGAUGGGAUCUACUCUUGGCCUUGGAAGGCCUCUUCGUCCAGCUGUCCACCUCUUUGGACGAUCAGGAGUUGCAGGUGUCCUGGACUUGGCAUGAUGUGAAGACUUACUUGAUGGACAUUGUCGGAGACAUGGUCGAGGCUGAUCUGAAUGUGAUGCAAGUCUUGACUGACGUCGCCAAAAGCAACAGCGACCAUGUGCGUGUCAAAACGGGGAACAAAGUAUGGCAGGCUCGGUGGACACGACGCGUCGCCGAUAUGCUCGCACAGUUUCGCAAGGCAUUGGAAUCUGAGAAUACAACGAAGGGGCUCACCAAACUCUUCCUGACAGAAUGGGAUACUACAAUGCCAGUGUCGAAUGGAGUUUGCUUCCGGGACGUGUACUUGGAUAAGAAUUGGAACGUCGCAAACAAGUCUGCAGAGGCCAAUUGCUACUUGAAGCUUGACUACCAUUUCUUUUGGGAGAACAAGAUGGCUGACCACCAGAACAUCAGUAUUGCAGAAGUCCGUACGCGACUGAAAACGUUUCUGGAAUCGCUCUACUUCGGUAGCCCACAUCUCUUCCAGUUGAAGCUGUGUUUCAUGCAAGCAGCCUUCGCAAAGAAAUGCACUGGAAAGAUAAUCUUUCAGGUGGGUAAAGGCGGCGACGGUAAAGGGAUGGAGGCGGUUUUGGAUCGAGCACUCUUUGGUGACCUGGCCACUGCUACUUUAGACUGCGGUGUGUUCCUUGACAGGGUGGAGUUCAGGAAGUCAGCUGAACUUGCAUGGAACAACGCCAGCAUACGCAUCCAGGAGAUGGAGAGUCGUGGGCGGUUUGUGGCAGAUGUUUGGAAACGGUUUGUAGUCGAUGAAGAAAUCGACUGCAGGGUCAAUUCCGGAUUCACGAGCAAGCGACGAUUCGGCUCCGCGAUGAAGAUUCAAGAGCUCAACUUCGAAAAUAUUCCCAUAAUCGAAGAGAGCAAUGACCGCACCAAGAGCUUGGAGCAACUUAGACGACGUGUGAUUUGCUUUCUCAUGGGCAAGGUUACCUUCACCAUGGACGACAGCCAGGUAGACCAUUCCCGCGGGAUCUAUAAGUUAAUUCCACAGGAUGAGCUCACCAGUUUCCUGUCGAAUCCCAUCACUGCGGCAGUCUACCUUCGCGAAUAUUGCAUUCCUUUCUUCAGGGAAAACAGUGAGCAGGAUAUCAUGAAUAUGAUCAACGACCCUGGCAGCAUUCAUGAAGACAUAGUCCGCGACACAAACUGGUUGUCCUCGUCGUUGUCAGGUGCAACAACCCCUCCCCCAGGCACUGUAGUUGACGUUAUCAUAGAGGCGGAGACUCUUGUCCAGAAGGUGCAUGCCAACACCCCGCAGAGACGAAUACUCAAGGAGUAUCUCAUUCAUAAGGUCGAGGUCCUACCUGGAUGUGCCGCAUCGUCCAAAGGGAAGAAGAAGAAAUUGUCCAAUUUCGUCGAGGCCUUAGACCUUGCUAACAGUCGUUUGUUCAAUCAGGUCGACUCAUCGUGCUUUCACAAACUACUGAUUGAUUGGCAGCGGCUUGUCGAUGCGAUGGAACAGCAUGGUGGCUCUGCAGUGUUUGGGACGUGGGCUGACUGGACCUGUCCCUUUCAGCUUCUACAUGAGCAGGAGAAAUGGGACGGCAAUGCGUUUGAACAUCAACGUCAGACUAUGUUGCGACAUCGCACACAAACCACGGAAGCAACUUUGGUGCGGCCUGUCGAGUGUCGCCUGUUAGAGACGAUCAAUCUCAACGCCCUCGAGGACUAUGCGGCCCAUGAGACAGAUCGCCGUCAGGACCUUCUACGUCACUACCUCCAGCGCCAUCGUGCAAUGGGAACCAAGAUGGGUAGCUCCUCGCUUCUACAGGUCGAGUACUAUAAGCUUCCACAUUAUGGUCGCCUACUAUCUCGUGGACCUUCAGGUCAGAAGCUCACGAAGGAGGCUCGGACAGUGGCAUUCGGCCUCGACUCGGCCGAAGUGGACGCAGCAUGUUGUCAUCCCCGCCUUCUUGUGCGAAAGCUCCAGAUGUUCGAACUUUGGGACGAGACCAGGUUCCCCAUGCUCAACCUGUUUGUGGAGCACUAUGCGUCAUGGCGGGAGGCGAUCGCUAAGUACGUGGACAUUCCUGUCGCUGAUGCAAAGGUGGAGCUCAUCCGCAUUUUCUAUGGCGGCAAGCCCUCCUUCGAAGCUCCCUGGAUCCUCAAACUUGCUGAUGCUGUCCUUCGCAUAGCUUCGUGGUUAGAGGUUGGGGUUAUCCGUUCUUUCAAAAGAAGCCUCGCAAACUAA